AUGGAUGCACAGACCCUGACCGACUCACAGUUGAGAGGCUUCAGUGUCACAGAGCGGGUCUGCUCUGUGUUCUCGCUUCUCGGCAGCAUCCUCGUCAUCAGCACGUUCUGCGCGUCAAAGUCCUUUCACAAGCCUAUCAACAGGCUCGUCUUCUACGCCUCGUUUGGAAAUAUGAUGACCAACGUGGCCACGCUGAUGGCUCGCUCGUACAUUGACCGUCCACAGUCGCCAGGCUGUCAGUUCCAAGCCUUUCUCAUCCAGAUGUUUAUGCCUGCAGACGCCUUCUGGACAUUGGCCAUGGCCAUCAACGUCUAUCUGACCAUUUACUGCAAGUUUGACGCGCAAAAGCUGCGCCGCAUGGAGACACCGUACCUUGCCUGCUGCUACGGCGUGCCCUUUGUGGUGGCGAUCGCGUACGUCUUUGUCGACGACCGGCAACAUGGCCGAAUGUACGGCAACGCAACGCUGUGGUGCUGGGUCAGCUCGAGCUGGGAUGCCUGGCGCAUUGCCACCUUUUACGGCCCCGUCUGGGUCGUCAUCCUGGUGACCUUUUUCAUCUACAUUCGCGCCGGUCGCGAGAUCUACCACAAGCACAAGCAGCUGCGUGACUUUCAGUACAGCAGCAGCCACCAGGACGUCGAGCCGCUUCCGCCUUCCGACGAUAUGUACGGCACCACCAAGAUGACCGAAGUUGUCGUUACCACCGAAAUUUUCGGGCACCCGCAGGGCCAACAGGACAUUAACCUAGCGCCUUUAGGCCGCCGCCCUUCGGUCAUAAAAUCCAGCGAUGUCAUGGCAGCAGGUGCAAAGGGAGCAGAUCUAGACGGUCAAGCAGCAGCCUGUGUCGUCACCAUCUCAUCCGACAGGUGGCCAGACGUCGUAGUCGUGGGCAGUGAGGCCGAUGCUGACGAUGCUGACGAUGCUGCUGCUGUUGGCGGCAUUGUCAAGGCCACGACCACAGCCACGAUCACGGCCACGGCCACGGCAACCAUCCGCAAUCCAGCCAGCCAGCGCAUGCGUCGCCGUGCCGCCUACGAGGCCAACAGUGCGGCCUGGGCGUACGCCAAGUGCGCACUGCUAUUCUUCACGGCACUGUUGGUCACGUGGAUUCCCUCGAGUGCAAACCGCGUCUUCUCUGUCGUCCAUGUAGACCAGGUCUCGGUGCCGCUCGAGUACAUGAGCGCCUUUGUGCUGCCGCUGCAGGGCUUUUGGAACGCCAUCAUCUACGUCGUCACGUCGUGGAAGGCUGUCUGCACGCUGUGGGAUGACGUCACCGCUGAGGCCCAGUGCAACCGCAGGCAACGCUGGCUGCGAGGAGCACAAGGAUCGAAUCAGCAGCAACAACAGCUCCAUCCAAGUGAACAGAAACAGCUGCACACCGAUAUCCACCUGGUCCGUGUCGACGCCAAGGCAACCCAGCUCAAAAUGCCAGGCGCCCGGAGCCGCAGAGAUAGCGACGAGAUGCUCGUCCGGACGGUCGGUAGCCAUUAUGCAGUCGAUGGUGAUGGUGAUGGUGAUGGUGAUGGUGAUGGUGAUGGUGAUGGCGAUGGCUACGGCAGUUCCAGCAGCCGCGGCCAGUCGGAACAGAGCUACGAGAACGAGAGCGUGAAAGAAUUCGCCGUCGUCCGCACGAAAUCGCUAGGCAGCUGA